AUGAGGGAGAAGCUUACAAAUCCGAUGCUCUGCAUGAGGCUUGUGACAGAGGCUAUGAAACACGGGGUAGAUGCCAAUGGCUAUUGGCUUGAAAACGAGGGCGAGGACGCCGCUCCACUUCAUGUGGCGUGCCAACACGGCCAUGAAGCUAUUGUUCAAGUGCUACUUGAAGCUAAGGCUGAUCCCAACAGGCCUUCCAGGAUGAAACGUCGUUCUAAAUGGGAAGCCCGUCGUUACCGAUGA